AUGAGUCGUAAGAAGGGGUGUUUUGCGCGGAUUUGUGUCGAGCUGGAUUUGAAUGCACCUCUACGACCGCUGAUUCUAGUUAAUGGUAAAGCCAAGAGGGUGCAAUACGAGGGAAUUCACCUCAUAUGCUUUCGUUGUGGUCGUUAUGGCCAUAAUGCUGACCAUUGCUCGAACACGAUGUCGGUGGACAAGGAUAAGGGACUAAGGGGACAGCAGGGGGAGCAUCCUGAAGGACCAGCUGAAAGCUCGGCGGCGACACCGUCAGCAACAGUCACAAACACAAAGAACUCAUCGGGUUCAGAGUCCUUGUAUGACCCCUGGAUGAUCGUUCAACGGCCCCGCCGAGGUAGGCGGCCGGAGCUUCGAAUUGGGAAAGGGGAUGAAGAACGGCGGAAGUCUCGGGAUAGAGCAGCUGAGAAGGAGCAAGGAUCUCGGUUUAAUUCGUUGAUUGUUGAGGAGGGAGAGAUUGAGGGCGAGAAUGUGGAGCCGCCGGCUACAUCGGGAAAUAUUUUGAAGGAGCACGUGACAAAAGGAGAUAAUAAAGGGGUGUCAGCUGGGCAAAAAACAAAAAAUGAUGUUGGGCCUCGAAACAAAUUGAAAGGGAUAGUGAGCAAAAUAGUCGGGCCUCAGAACAGAGCUUGUGGUGAAGGAACUUCAAAAACCAAAAAUCAGGGUGUGACUUCCAGUGAGAUGCCUAGACUUUUGAAUGCUAAGUCUAAACUAGGACUGGGCCGAAGUGAUGUGAAGAAGGUAGCUCAAGAAGGUGGUGAACAAGGUUUAACAGGGAAAGACGAUAUCCCAGCCUUGGUUAAGGACGGUACUGGACGCGACCCACCUCAGAGGAGUCCUGCCGUGGUACCAAUGGACAUAAUAGAAGGGGACCCACCUGAUCCUGGAGCAACUGGGCAUAAUGUGCUUGCCAUACAUGAUAAUCCUUUAUCGGAUGUGCUACAGAAUGAUUUGAGGUUUGGGGAGGAUGGUUCCAAGGCGGAUUCGUAG